AUGCCGAGCAAGAAGCGCAAGGCGUCAGUGGGCGCAGGCGCAGUUACCGCCCCUCGCAAGACGAAGGUUCCUCGAGCUCCUGAACAAGCGCCACCCCUUGUCGCAUCUACUCGAGUGACGAGACUGAUGAAGCUGGACAGCGUCCGCCAAGCUGUGUUCACCACCGCUGAGCUGCUCGAAAACAUCAUUCUUCUGCUCCCUGUCCGGUCCAUCUACAGUGCCUACCGUGUCUGCAACCAGUGGAAAGCUCUGGUCGAUACCUCGAAAGCGGUGAAAGAGAAACUGUUCUUGCUUCCAUCGACUCCGAAGCAGAAAUGGAAGUUUGAGAAAAAACCGUUCUCCGGCUGGAUGGGAAUCGACUCUAUAAAAGUUUCUUUAGCGUCAGAUGAUAUGGCACUCAGCAAGAUCCUAGCGCCUCUCUACCAAAGAGACUUUCCGAUAGUUCUGGAACCCGUGAAGCUUCAUCCUCUGCUCACGCCCGUCGAUGACUGCGAAUUUAUGAAUCAUCGACUUCUUGGGAACGGGGCAGAGACAGCCAAGCUAAGCGCGGGAAAGAACGGCCGCACCUUAGCAGCUUUCCUGAACACGCCCUCAACAACCCCGGCCGCUCUGUUGAAGUCCAACCCGGUCCUGGACGCCCCAAUCACAGACCCGCCGUGCAAGUUUGUCAAAGUCAAUCAAACAUGGACUGUGAGUUGGAGGCGAGACCAAACAAGAUCCCAGGGUUCUUCAGUUGGUCGAAUCGAACAUGCUAUCGGAUCUGACAUGGGAAUCACACUCAGAGACGUUAUUGCUUCACUGCAUCAACCCGGCAAGUGUUAUGGAUCUAGCAUCCCAUGGGGAUAUAACCAGCCAAGAGCCACUCUCGAAGAGGCGUUGCGAGGAUUCACAGAGUACGAGCUUGUGAGGGUGAAUGAUCAUAUCACAAUUCAUAUGCCUUCUCAAGUUGUUCCGAGUCAAGAAGAGUGGCAGAUGGUGAAAUAG